CCCCGGCUGAGCGCGUGACACACCGGAUCGCAACAAAUCUCUUAAAAACUUAGGAGGGAAAGAAAGUUAAUUUAUGACAAUAAAAUAAAAAUCUAUAUCAUUUGAAAGCUAUAUUUAAAUAGAGCAUGACAACAGUUUCUUCAUGGAUCUAGUGGAGUUUUAUCAGCGCGACUACCUGGAUAUGAUGCCCAUCAGUGGUCAUUGCCCCACCUUCAUUAAGGCUGAGCCUGCCAGCCCCGCCUCCGUGAUGCAGCACAGCCCUGAAGGAUCGUCGUCGGACAGCUACGGCUCGGUAACACGGAGUUACCAUGGGGCCGUGGCCUCGCCAGCUUCAUAUCAUACCUCAGGGGCAGAGCUUAGGUCCGAAUCGGUUCCGGAGCUGCAGAUGAAGCAUGAGUUUGAAGCGAGUUCGGGGCCCAAGCGCACGUGUUUGGUGUGUGGAGACGUCGCGUCCGGGUUUCAUUAUGGUGUGGCGUCCUGUGAAGCCUGCAAAGCCUUCUUCAAACGUACUAUUCAAGGCAGUAUUGAAUACACGUGUCCAGCGAGCAGUGAGUGUGAGAUUACUAAGAGGAGGAGGAAAUCCUGCCAGGCCUGCCGCUUCACCAAGUGCAUCAAAGUGGGCAUGCUGCGAGAGGGUGUACGACUAGACAGAGUUCGAGGAGGUCGUCAGAAAUACAAACGCACCAUAGGCUCCGACAGCAACUCUUACCUCAGCAUGCAGUUACCACAAACACAUAAGAGAAUACGCACAGAGUCCUACACCGCUGAGAACAAGGUGGUGUCUCACCUGUUAGGGGCGGAGCCAGAGAAGGUGUAUGCCAUGCCUGACCCCGCCCUUCCCGAUGAUGACAUCAAAGCGUUGACCACACUGUGUGAUCUCGCCGAUCGUGAACUAGUACUGAACAUUGGCUGGGCCAAACACCUUCCAGGUUUCUCCAGUCUUUCUCUUCCAGACCAGAUGCGUCUCCUGCAGAGCGCGUGGAUGGAGAUCCUGAUCCUGCGUGUGGUCUUCCAUUCGCUGGACGCUCAGGACAGCCUGGUGUUCGCCGAGGAUUACGUGAUGGACACAGAGCAGGCGAAAAGAACCGGUCUGCUUGAGCUCCACGUGGCCAUACUGCAGCUCGUCAGGAAGUACAGAGCGAUGGGCCUGGAGAGGGAGGAGUUCGUCACACUCAAGGCCAUCGCACUCGCAAACUCGGACUCUAUGCAUAUCGAGGAUGUCGAGGCAGUGCAGAGGCUGCAGGACUGCGUGCACGAAGCUCUACAGGACUACGAACAGCAUCGCCAUGGUGAUGACCCACGGCGGGCGGGCAAACUGAUCAUGACCCUCCCGCUGCUGCGGCAGACCUCGGCUAAGGCGGUGCAGUAUUUCUGCAGCAUCAAGCAGGACGGACGGGUUCCCAUGCACAAACUCUUCCUGGAGCUGCUGGAGGCCAACACCCAGCCCUCGCCCUGAUUGGUCCACAGCUCUGAGGUGACCCCGCCCUCCACAGAGCUCAUUAAGAUAUCCAAUAAGAACUAUGAAGAAUGUAACUAAAGGUUAAUGGUAGAGUAGAGGAACAAAAAAGGGGGAAAGAAGAUUGUAUAAAUGAUUGUAAUACGUAAAACAAUGAUUUAUUGAAGAAACCAUGUCAUAGCUGCGCUAAUUUAAGAUGACUUUUUAUUUUACUGGUGCUUCAUAUCUAUGAAUAUAAGGAGAUGAACAGGAUGUCGGACUUGCCAAAGAACAGGGAACUCAUCUCUGAAGAGGGACGGACGCUUUGGCGAGCUAACAGAAAACUACAAAAAACAUAAAAAAUAAUCGUUGUUCACAAUAAAGAUGUGUUAUUUAUAAGAAUGUAAUAAGUCUCAGCAGGAGAAUUGCAGGCGUUGCUGCUGAUCGUUGUUUAUGUUGAUGCUUCACGAUUGUAUUGUUGAAGGUCGAUGCUGUUGAGCUCGAACCUCCCCACAGUUCAAAGGAAGUGAGAAAAUAUAGGAUUUCAGGUUUCUUGCAAUAAUAGAAAAAACUGUAGAUUUACAUCUCAGAUCACAUUUAAAAAAAAAAAAUGACUUACUGGUUCUGUGAAGCUACUGAGAUUUGAGACCUUUGUGACCUUCAAGCCACUGAAGGUCGUAUUCAGAGUCGACCUUAAUGCGGUCUCUGUUGUUUGAAAGCCAAUGUUGACAUUUGAAAUCACCAAAACAAACACGCCCCUAACCCAAAUGGGUCCCACCCCUGUAUUGAUAGCUCCGCCCCACACAUACACCAGACAAGUAUAACCCAAGAAUAACCCAGACAAGUAUUAUGGCGGAACCCGCUGGGGCGGCUGGCCGAGGGUAUAUUUUUAUCAGUAAAUGAACACAAUGAGUAAUAAUAUGGUAAUACAAAUGUGUUUUUGUAGUACUGUGUGUUGUACCGUGAAAGGUUUAGCUCUGUUUCACGCGGAAGACGUUCAGUUCUCUCCAGCGCUGGAAAGCUGAUCCUAUAUUAACACGUCCUACUUCUUACCUUAUCGUAAGCCUUUUUUCACUUUCUUUCUUUGUUUUUAUCCUCCAUGUCAAUGUUAAAACCGCUUUCUGCUAAUGUCACACAUGAACACUGAACACUCUCUCCACUGCAUAUUGACAAGCCCCGCCCCUUUCUGCUGAUUGGCUACACGUUAGUUUUGUUUUUGUUUUGUUUGCUGUUUUCUAAAGCAUUUUUCAAACAACAGAGACCCCACCUUUAAGUCCAAACAUUGCAUUGAUAUUAACCUGGGUAAAGUUUCACCUUAUUAGACUGGAGUUAAACAGCGAUCUGUCACUUUUCUGGCUGCUUUAUUGAUAUCACAAAUCGUGCAAGUCAUUUUCUUUAGUAACGGUAUCCAGGAUGUUAUACAGCAAUCAUACCUUUAAACACAAGCACAAAAUUAAAAUCUAAAAAAAAUCCAGAUUAAAGAAGGAAAUAGAAAUUUUUGCUUUGUUGUGAAAUGAAAUGAAAAUAAUCUUUUCUAUUAUUCAGUGUGUAUAAAAUAGCACUUGAUCCAGCGUUUUGAAGGACAAACUGUCUGCCAGAAGAUCAGUGACUCCGACUGGGGUAAUUUUAUGCAGGAAAAACAAAACAAAAGAAACGUUUUUGUGGAUGUUAAAUAGGCAAAAUGACGCAAAACUCGACUUUGAAUACGGCCCAGGCGCGGAAACCUCAAAAGGCGGAUCUUAGAAAAAAAGGAAAACAUGCAAAUGACAUGUUGUUUCUUUUCAGUGUUUCUUCAUGAAGGAUUUGCAAGAAGAAAUCUAACAGAACGAUUAACAUGUCGUGUUUAUAAAUUAACUGUGUGCUCUUAAAAAAGUCAAGAAGAUUAUUAAGCGAUAACCAAAAAAAAAACAUACUCAACACACAGCACAGAAAAAUCGAACACCAACCAACUUUUCUUUUGGGACGGAAAUUGUUUCAGAAGCGACAACAAAUUUGUCAGUAUUUCUUUAAAUAUUAUUGGAUGUGUCCUUAAAGAAAAAAAUGUCUUUUGUAGUUUCACAUGAUGGUUUUUUACAGCAGUGGCUAAAUGAAUAAAUAAAUAGAUGUGCUGAAUGGGGGAUUGAUGAAUUCACUCAUCACGCUAAUGUUAGCUGUGAUUUAACUGGAAAUAAAGAUCAAAUCAAAGAUUAAAUUAUAAA